GGGGAAGAAUCAUUUCAAAGUUAUUUUCUCCCAUUUAUUUUCCUUCCUCCCCCUUUUCCACCCAUCCAAACAUAGCGUUAAAGUACCUUUCUAUAAAUUCCUCCAAAUAUUUAGCAUCCAUUUUCUUCUGCUCUCUUUUCAUCUGUCAGUAACUGAAAGCUGUCAAAAAUGGCUUCCCUUAUCUUCUCUGUUUUGAUUUUAGGGUUUUGCCUAUUGGUUUCUCUUUUCUCACCCGCGCUCUCGCAGACCUGCUCCUUUCAGAAAUUCACCGGCAAUGAUUUGUAUGCUCACUGUGUAGACCUCCCUACCCUCACCUCCUAUCUCCAUUUCUCUUACGAUUCCGCUAAUUCUACUCUUUCUAUCGCCUUCCUUGCUUCCCCUGCCAAAUCUGAUGGAUGGGUUUCCUGGGCUAUAAACCCCACGGGCACCGGAAUGCCAGGGGCUCAGGCGCUUGUUGGCUACAAGGAUUCGAAAGGUUCCAUGACUGUUAAGACGUACAACAUCAGCUCUUACACGCUUGCUUCGGUGGUGCAGUCAAAAUUGGCUUUUGACGUGUGGGACGAACGGGCAGAGGAGGAUAACGGCGUCAUGGUGAUCUUUGCGAAAAUUAAGGUUCCGGCAGACUUGGCGGCGAAGGGGAUGCUAAAUCAGGUGUGGCAGGUGGGUUCAAGUGUUGAUUCCGAAGGAAUACUGACGCCGCAUGACAUGAAUGCUCCAAAUUUGAACGCCAAGGGAACCUUGGAUUUGAAGGGAGGACAGACUGUGGUUACCGGAGGAGUGGACUCCAAAACUAAGAAGAGAAAUAUUCAUGGGGUGCUGAAUGCUGUGAGCUGGGGAGUUCUGUUUCCAAUUGGAGUUAUAAUAGCACGUUACCUGAGACCUUUCCAGUCUGCAGAUCCAGCGUGGUUUUAUCUCCAUGUUUCUUGCCAGGUUUCUGCAUAUGCUAUUGGGGUUGCAGGGUGGGCUACUGGUUUGAAACUUGGAAGUGAAUCAAAGGGCAUUCAGUGGACUGCUCAUCGAAAUAUUGGGAUUACCCUUUUCUCUUUAGCAACGCUACAGAUUUUUGCAUUGUUCUUGAGACCGAAAAAGGACCACAAAUACCGAUUCUACUGGAAUAUCUAUCAUCAUGGUGUUGGCUAUGCCAUUCUCAUCCUUGGCAUUCUGAAUGUGUUCAAAGGUCUAGACAUCUUGCACCCUGAACAGAAAUGGAAAUCGACUUACGUAGUUGUGAUUGCAGUCUUGGGUGGAAUUGCUUUGUUGCUGGAAAUAAUUACUUGGAUAGCAGUCUUGAGGAGGUCUAACAAAUCCACCAAGCCCUAUGAUGGAUACAAUGGACAAGGCGGGCAACAGCCAUUCAGUGCAUGAUCAACCAAUUGAUAUUGGUCUUCCUAGUAGAGAUAUGAUUUUGUAAUAUCCUUUUAACAAAUUAAGAUUCUAGUUGGCCUAUAUUUUCUAGAACACUUUCUUUUCUUCUCCUAGUUUACUUGAUAUCUUGUAAAAUGGUUUGGUUUCACCUGGUACAGAUUUGUGUUUCAGUUCAAACUUUUUUUUUUUACUACGCCUAUAGUUAGCGUACAACAUUUCAUUUUUUUUUUACUACGCCUAUAGUUAGCGUACAACAUUUCAUGCCAUGUAUCAUUAUGUUUACUGAACAGAUUUCAGAGGUGGAAAUUAUUCAUGAUUUUUCUUCU